ACCGGCUGCCAACAUUUGAAACCCAUGCUGGCAACACUGCUGUACGCAAGAUAAUUUGUUACGUCGUACAAAAUUUUGUAAACUCGAACCAAGUUUAGUCAAUUAAAAUGUUGCCCAUCGCACGUGGAGUGUAUGUUAGUCUAGCCAAUAUAACACGCAGCAGUCGUGGGGCCUUUCAUACCGCCAGUGGAUUCCGUUGCAAGGCGGAGACUUCAACCGAGGAGAAAGAGGCCGAGUCCACCAAAGGCGAUGGUGAGGAAAGCUCCAGUGGUUCCGCACACGAUCCCAAGGAUCGCAGCAAGGUUAUCCCCGUGGAAACAUCGAUGCGCUACUUAAAGAGUGCCGCCUACAAACAAACCUACGGCGACGACUUUGUGUGGACGCAAUAUCGGCGAAACCAUAAGGGCAUGUAUGCACCGAGGAAAACACGCAAGCAGUGCAUUCGCCAGAACCGCAUCACCACCGGAAAUCCCUGUCCCAUUUGCCGGGAUGAGUACCUGGUGCUGGACUACCGAAACACGGAACUCCUGGAGCAGUUCAUCUCGCCACACAGCGGAGAUGUGCUCAGUUACUCGAAGACGGGACUGUGCCAGAAAAGCCAUCUGCGUCUGAUGGUGGCUGUGCAGCAGGCCCGCGAUUCCGGAUACCUAACAUACGACGUGCCUUUCAGGGAGUACGAUUACAGCGAGUACUACGGCCAGGAGCAGAAGCAGAAGGCUUAACUUAUAACUAUGUAAAUCUUGCUUGUAAAAAAAAAUAUUGUUAAAGGAAAAGAUGUUGCCUAAUGAUUAA